AUGGACGCCACCAAGGUCAGAAUAAACGCACUGCUUGUAGAAAAAUACCAAGGAAAACUCGUUCGUUUAAUCGGUAAAUGCCAAUCGUUCGAUCCAAUUAACAAGAUAGCGACCUUAGAUUCCAAUGGAGAAGUCCGGCUUGAAUUCUUUGAUGAGGUCAACUUGGCUGUAGGCAAAAUCUACGAAAUAACUGGAAAAGUGAGCAGUAACGAACAGAAAGUACAUGCCCAAGCAGUCACGGAACUAUCAGACAAUACUAAUCUCGAAAUCGCCGACAAGUUGGUAUCCUACUCACAAAAGGUUCCAGAAUUGUUCAUAGAGUCCUAA